AUGAAUAUAGUGCAAGCCAUUGACAUCCAAAAAAUCGAAUGUGAAUUGAGCGGAGCGAAGACGACAUUAAUAGAACAGUUGGAUAAAGCUGAGGAGAGCGACCGAGUUCUGGAAGUUGCGGGAAGAAGGCGUACUAAGAUUACGAGAAACACUUAUAUAGUAGAAAGUACUGAAGUGCUGCAAUUACAAAUACCAUGGGAGAUGGAGAAAAGAAAAAGACUAGCAAUAGAAGUAGUUGCCAAACGAGCGUCAUCUGACAACAAUUAUAAGAAUAUUGAAGAAAUUUGA